AUGGCGACGCCUGACUUUGGUCGGCUACCCGAAUUCAGCGGCAGCUCCGGCUCCUGGAGAUCCUGGUAUGGGAGGCUACAGUUCUUCUUCGAGGCUAACGACAUUACGGACGCUUCCAAGAAACGUGCUCAUCUGCUAACGUUAUGCGGGGAACAGACUUACGACGUCGUCUGCGCCCUCGUUCAACCCAAGCAGCCCAACCAAGUGAGCUACGAUGACAUAUUCGAGAUGCUCAAGGCGCACUUUGAUCCACAGCCGUCUGAGGUCUUCUGCAGGGCACGCUUCCAACGUCGUGACCAACGGCAUGACGAAACGGUCAGUGAUUACGUAACAGCGCUCAAGAAGCUAGCAGCAGAUUGCAAUUUUGGAACAAGCGCAGACGCUGCGGCGAAUCCAACAAUGCUGCCUCUUGACGUGAUGCUGCGUGAUCGUUUCGUUUGCGGUCUUCGGAACGAGCAGGUCCAGCAACGGCUGUUCGCAGAAAAGGACUUGACAUUCAAGAGAGCCUUUGACAUUGCACUGCGAGCUGAAAACGCCGUCGAAGAUCAGAAAAACGUGAAAACUGAAUUCAAAGAGAUUCACGAAGACUGCAGAAGUAUCUGCAAGACAGAAAAUCCACGUCACUCGAGUGCCUCUGCCCAAAAGAAGAAACAACACUGUUGGCGUUGUGACGCGCAGCAUAGUCCGGACACUUGCAAGUUUCAGACAGCUUCCUGCAACUACUGCAAGAAACGCGGACACAUUGAAAAGGCCUGCCUGAAAAAGCGUAAAGAGGCAAGAACAAACAAGAACAACAACAUCAAAUAUCCCCGACAAGGAACUUCGACAGUGGCCUCAGCACCAGUCACGACUCCAAAGGAUUCACCAGACGCGGCCUUUUACGAGCUCAACACCUUAAUCGACGCGUCCAGCACGCAGAAGGUCACGACUGAACUACGCAUACAUGGCAAGACCUUGGAGUUCGAAGUCGACUCGGGUGCAGCCUGCACACUCAUCAGUGAGGCCACGUUCAAAGCCACGUGGACAGAUGACCCACCACGGCUUCAAACGGACAACAUUCUCCUACGCACAUGA